UGGAUAUCUGGUCGUCAAUACGAUGACGAAUAAGGAAAUUCAAGGAAGAGAGCACCGCCGGUGACAAACCCUUCUCCCCAGUGAUGGCUGCCUCGGGGAAGCUGGCGUCCUUCCGCCUGCCUCCCCUGCCGACUGUAGGUGAGCUCAUAAAGCUGUACAACCUGCGAGCAGAGAAACAGCUGUCCCAGAACUUUCUGCUGGACCUGAGGCUCACAGACAAAAUAGUGCGCCAGGCGGGCAGCUUGAGAGACGCCCACGUGUGUGAGGUGGGGCCGGGUCCUGGAGGCCUCACCCGUUCCAUCCUCAAUGCUGGGCCCGCAGACCUGCUUGUCGUGGAGAAAGACUCGCGCUUCAUCCCCGGACUGAAGCUGUUGUCUGAGGCAGCACCGGGCAGGCUGAGGAUCGUCCACGGCGACAUACUCACCUACAGACUGGAUCGAGGAUUCCCAACAAAUAUCUCUAAGCCAUGGGAGGGAGACCCUCCAAACCUUCACAUCAUAGGGAAUCUCCCAUUCAGCGUCUCAACCCCUCUGAUCAUCAAGUGGCUGGAAAACGUAGCGAACAGAACGGGGCCCUUCACGUUUGGACGCACCGGACUCACGCUCACUUUCCAGAAAGAGGUGGCAGAGAGGUUGACGGCCAGCACAGGCAGCAAACAGAGGAGUCGUCUUUCCAUCAUGGCUCAGUAUCUCUGCACUGUCCACAACUGCUUCACCAUCCCCGGACGGGCCUUUGUCCCCAAACCAGAGGUUGACGUGGGAGUAGUUCACUUCACCCCAUUGGUUCAGCCCCAGAUCCAGCAGCCCUUUCAGCUGGUGGAGAAAGUCGUCAGGAACGUUUUCCAAUUCCGUAGGAAGCACUGCCAUAAAGGAGUCGAGAAGUUGUUCCCUGAGGCGCGUCGUGUUGAGCUGACACAGGAGAUGAUGCAGAAGGCAGACGUGGACCCCAUCCUGCGCCCCACAGAACUCACCAUACCCCAGUUCAGGGCGCUAGCGGAUGCCUACGCUCGUCUCUGCGCUCACGAGCCCGCUCUUCUCACCUACGAGUUCAGAGAGGAGCUCAGGCUGAAGCACGUCGCCAGAAAAAGCAACACGGCAUCAUCGCCUACACUUACGCACGCACCGAGCGGCGUGGCAGAGAGUCCUCUGCAACCCCGCUGAAAAAAUAAAAAGCAUGGACACCAAGAGAAGGGGACUAAUAGCUUCUGUUAGCACAGGGAGACAACAGUCUGCUCUUAGCUGUGACAUUUCCACCUGGCAUAACCAUGCAUUUUUAAAGCGUUUCCCCUGCACACACACGGCAAUUUGGUAUACAGGAAAAGCUGGGACUCACACACAGGAUCCACACAGGCUUUGGCUCAGCCCCUUAACCAUUUCCUGGGAUCCAACAGCUACCAGCAAGUCAUGUGUUUUAGGGAGGAUGAAGAAAGGCGGCUAGUUCGUUCCCCACAGAAGCUUUUUAAGAGAAAGCUUCUCUUUAUGUCCCACUUCUUACUUCUUAUCCAUCUCACAUAACACCUCAUCCUGUGGGACUGAAAGAAACAUCAGAGUGUUUUCAGGGUGAUUUAGACAAGGAGGACAUGGGAGCUCCAUAUUCAGGCCACUUUUAUUCCUUCCAGUGUGUAUUGCUCAGUCUCUGGGGGGACAACGCUUUAAGGGACAAACAGAGUGCUGUGAAUUUGUCAGCUCGAGAAAGACUCGUCAUGCAAAAGGAAGAUGGCUGCAAUUAAAAUAUUUUUUGUUCAAAACUAAUUUUGUUGCGUUCUGUGGGCUAAUGUUUAAGAUGUGUUUGUAGUAUAACUGGAAAAUGUGGAAAAAUAAUAAAAUCUUACAAGUGA